CCGGCGGGCGACCAGGAAACGCCAGUGUAGGACGUCCGGGACCACAAAGGCGCAGAAGGCGUUCUGUCUAGGGAUUCUCGCCACUCGGCGCGAACUAGAGGCCUAAACGCCGCACUCGGGUCCCAGGAACAGCGGCAAAUGGCGUCGGCCGCGAUCAACCCGGAAGUCCCGCCCGAAAGGCCCCUCUCGUGGCCGCCAUUGGCCCAGCUCCCGCCGCACGCGCAGCGCACGGCCUUCUGGGUGGUGUAGUUUCCUCGCGCUCUCGCACAACGCGGCGGGCGCCUCACGCGGCGUUUCCUGGGUUUGGAAGUUCCCGGGCGCCCCUCAGACCCGACUGUCUACGGUGGGCGUAGCUCGCGGGGGCCAGGGGGCGGGUAGGGGUAAGACUGUCUGCUCUUGGCCUGGGAAAUCGAGGCUCAGAAGGCAGGGACGUCUGGACCGGGUUGCGGCCUGUGCAGAGGCGCCCUUCGAAGUAAAUCCGCACCGAGUCACUUUCUGGGUGAACCGAGGAAAAGUAGCCUAAUAACCGGCCAGAGGAGGGCGCCGGAAGUCCCGGCCAACGUGGACGCUCACCCUUCCCGUCUGGGCAUCCACACGUGGCACGGACUUCUGAGUCGCGGAAGUAGACGCGAACGUGCGAGCACCUGCUUACUCCUGAGAGAUGGUAGUGACACAUCAUCGGCGCAGUCGCACCAGAUUCACAGAAGAUCAGUUGAAAGUCCUCAUCAACACCUUUAACCAGAAGCCUUACCCUGGUUAUGUGACCAAAAGAGAACUUGCUAUAGAAACCAACACUGAAGAGUCAAGAAUUCAGAUUUGGUUUCAGAAUCGAAGAGCUAGGCAUCUACUCAAGAAGCAGCCAGACCGGGAGAAGGCUUUAGAAUCAAGUGAAGUCCCUGGGCAACAUCACCCUGCACAGCAGAUUCGAGGUAAUGAAGACAGACGGCAUCGUACCAGCUAUAGCUUCUCUCAGUUAGAAACUCUCAACAAGGCAUUUAUGAACAACCCUUACCCUGGGAUUGAUUCCAGAGAACAACUUGCCAAGGAAAUUGGGGUUCCAGAGUCAAGAGUUCAAAUUUGGUUUCAAAAUCGAAGAUCUAGAUUACAUGUCCAGAGAAAAAGGGAACUUGAGUCCUUAGAACAAAGCGAGAGACAAGAUCUCUGAGAGUUUGCGGUAACCAGACUGUUCCCACUUUGAUUCACAAGAGGAGCCUCCUGGAUGGCAAGUGCUUUUUCAUAGUGGAGUUGACUGCUCCUCUUGGGAGGUGGAAGCCAAGUCCAUUCAACUACCUUAGCAGGCUCUAUAGAAUCAGGAGAUUGUUGGAACCAUCGCCACCGUCCACCCAGAACCCUUUUUCAUCUUACAAAGUUGAAACUAUGCACCAAUCAUUACCUCCUCAUUCAUCCUUUCCCCCAGCUGGAAACCAUUCCAC